AUGGAUAUCAAGACGGUCGCUAUUGUAGGCGCGGGUGUCAGUGGUGUGUCAUCCGCCAUACAUCUCAGGAAGGCUGGGUUGGAAGUUACGGUCUUUGAACGAGGAGACGUUGUCGGAGGCGUAUGCUGUGUAUAUACAAAGAAAGCUGAUGAUCUGAAAGGGNUCUACAAUCCUCGGACAGCUGUUGAACCAUCUUACCCGGCCACCUUACCUUCCACAGGGGACUCGCCUGCUUUUGAUUCUCUUCUUGGGUUCAGCAACAGAGAUACUCGAAGAGAUAGUCCUGUAGGUCAGGAAUCGCUGGAACCGACAACGAAGAUCGACAAGAAUGAUUUGGAGAUUUUGCAUGCACCACCAGNNGGUAUUGCCCCCUCUUACUUCCUUUUCUCAAAUGACUUCUUUCGCCUUUGCAACAACGUCUCGACUCCGGAGAUGAAGCUUCGCACCCACGCUUGGAAACCGAACACUCCUGAUUUUGUAUCCCAUGAUGUGCUGGCAACAUAUAUUCAAGACACCGCUGCUGCCAACGACAUACUCUCAACCAUAUCUUUUCGCACAAGAGUGACCAAAGUGGAAAAGAAAGGGAAGAAAUGGGAGGUCAGCACUUCAAAGUUGGCUGGGGAAGGUGAUGGGACGGAAAUUAGGAACUCAGUACAGCUUUUCGAUGCAAUUGUGGUGGCCAGCGGACACUAUCAUGCUCCAAACAUUCCUGAUUACCCCAACCUUGAUGCUUGGAAGACUGCUUUUCCAGCACAAAUCACGCAUUCGAAAUCUUACCGCUCACCUGCGCCUUAUGCAGGAAAGAAUGUUCUGGUCAUUGGAGCCGGUGUAUCGAGUACAGAUAUCUGCCGCGAGUUAGGUGGUGUUGCGAACAGAGUAUGGCAGUCGAGUCGAGGGNGCGAGUAUGAUCUGCUGCCCACCAUGUUGACAGACAACUGCACUCGUAUCGGACCUAUUGCCAGUUUCUCACCUCUCGCUACACAAAAGCUGGCAGACAAUGACACGCUUCCUGGCAGUGCAAUCUUAUCCUCUGGCGACACUGUCGACAAUAUCUGCCACGUCAUUCUAGCAACAGGCUAUCAUAUGUCUUACCCUUUCCUUGCUCACCUCCACGCCGACACCCUGCUUCCUCAUCAAGCGUUAGAGACAACACUGGUCACCACAGGACAAGUAACCCACAACCUCCACAAAGAUAUCUUCUACAUUCCCGACCCCACGCUAGCAUUCAUCGGGGUCCCCUACCACGUAGCGACUUUUUCGCUCUUCGAAUUCCAAGCCAUGGCUGUUGCUGCCGUAUACUCUGGCACUGCAGUUCUGCCUGAAGAACAGCAGAUGAGAAACGAGUAUAACGAAAAAGUGAAAAGUAAGGGCGUGGGAAGGAAACUGCAUUCGUUGAAGGAUGAUGAGGGAGAGAUUCUGUAUGUGAGGGAGAUGAUGGAGAUUUUGAACCAAGGGAGGAGAGAGGAAGAUAAGGUGGAAGGACAUACGAAAGAGUGGUUUGAGGCGUAUGCGAGGAGAUUGGUGAGGAUGAAGGAAAGAAGGGGCUAG